CGUACUGUUUUAUAUUACUAAUGAAGAUGGUUUCUUCUUUUAACAAAAUGCACAUCUUGUUGUGUCUCCUGUUAGCCACCCUGACCACCGGGGCACAAGGUCAAACACGGAUUGGCUUUUACGAUACAACUUGUCCAACGUUCCAAACCAUAGUCCAGACCACGGUUCAGUCUGCUUUCCGAAGCAACCCUGCAGUGGCAGCUGGUUUACUAAGAAUGUUCUUCCACGACUGCUUUGUCUUGGGUUGUGAUGCGUCUGUACUACUUUCCGGCCCAUCAACUGAAAGGACAGCGCCACCCAACCUCUCCUUGGUAGGAUUCGAAGUUAUUGACGCUGCAAAGUUGCAGAUCGAAACUGCCUGUCCUGGAGUGGUCUCUUGUGCUGAUAUUCUUGCUCUUGCAGCCCGUGAUGCUGUGGUCCUGGCAGGUGGAAUUGGUUGGCGGGUGCCAACAGGGCGUAGAGAUGGAUUAGUUUCACAAGCAUCUAAUACCGUAAAUUUACCUGCCUUUAAUGACCCUAUUAGUGUCCAAAUCAGCAAGUUCACGUUUAAUAGCUUAUUAAAUUGUGUAAUUUUGUGUUCACCAGGUGGACACACGAUUGGGACUGCAGCUUGUGCAGUUUUCAGCUACAGACUAUACAAUUUCAGUGGUACCAACCAACCUGACCCCGAUAUAAACCCAGUAUUCCUUCCCCAGCUCCGAAGACUUUGCCCAAAUGGCGGUAAUGGGUCAACACGUGUGGCCCUUGAUACUGGCAGCGUUAACCGCUUCGACACUUCCUAUUUCGUAAACGUGAGGAAUGGACGGGGCGUUCUUGAAUCUGAUGCGAAGUUAAUGAGUAACCCGACAACAAGGACGUUAGUUCAGAGGUUUUCUGGAGCUGUGGGAGGACCUGCAUUGAGAUUCACCAAUGAGUUUGCAAUAUCCAUGGUGAAGUUGGGUAAUACCGAGUUAAAAACAGGGAGUCAAGGAGAAAUCCGUAGAGUUUGCUCUGCAAUUAAUUAAUCUCAGUAGGAUUUCAUAGAGAUGUGCGUAUUCCAAAGCCCAAUAGAUCAUGCUAUAUAGACUUGUAUCUCCGUGUUUUGAUUUCAUCAUCUUGUAGUUUGAUAAGAAUAAGUUUCUUGUAUCCUCGUCUUUCCUAAAAAGGAAAGGUUAAUGGACUAUAUGUUCAAUAUGUAAAAUGAUCAAGGAUAUGUUCCAUGUGGAUAACGCCAUGGAGUACAAGGAUCACUAAUUUCUUGACU